AUAGAAAGCGACCUGCACUUUUGAUAAAGAAGGGAGUUCAAAUAUGAACUCUGGACAGCUGUCAAGUGGCGAAAGGCUUUUUCUGAACAAACAUGAAGACCUUGAUACUGUUGUCUCUCCUCUGCCACUUUGUAUCUCCAGUGAGACACUCCCUGGAGUUCAAGCUCAGUUAUUCCCAUGGAAUCAGAGACAUCCCAGAGUUUGUGGCUGUUGCUUUGGUUGAUAAAGUUCAGAUGGGUUACUGUGACAGCAAUGGACAAGUACCUCAGGCCACAACAGACUGGAUGGAUAAAUUAAUCCAAAAGAAACCUCAGCACUUGGCAUGGUACACUACUAUCUGCCUGGGUAACCAGCACACCUUCAAAGCCACCAUAGAGAAUUUGAUGCAGCGUUUUAACCACACUCAAGGUAUUCACAUUUUCCAGAGGAUGAAUGGCUGUGAAUGGGACGAUAAGACUGAUGAGGUCAAUGGUAAUCUUCAUUUUGGCUAUGAUGGAGAAGACCUCAUAUCAUUGGACCUGGAGACAGAGACAUGGGUCACUCCAAAACAACAAGCUGUUUUCACCAAACACGAGUGGGACAGAGAUAGAUAUAACAGUAUAUUUUGGAAGAAUUCCCUUACCCACAAGUGCAUUGAGAUCCUGAAGGGGUAUGUGGACUUUGGAAAGAGCUCUUUGCAGAGAACAGACCUUCCCUCAGUGUCUCUCCUCCAGAAGUCUCCCUCCUCUCCAGUCAGCUGCCACGCUACAGGUUUCUACCCUGACAGAGCCAUGAUGUUCUGGAGGAAAGAUGGAGAGGAGAUUCAUGAGGACGUGGACCACGGAGAGAUCCUCCCCAACCAUGAUGGAUCCUUCCAGAUGAGUGUUGACCUGGACCUUUCAUCAGUCCCACCUGAAGACUGGAGGAGGUACGACUGUGUGUUUCAUCUCUCUGGUGUGAAGGAUGACAUCAUCACCAAACUGGACAAAGCAGUGAUCAGGACCAACUGGGUUUCUCCCUCACAGUUUCCUGCUGGUGCUGUUAUUGGAGUUGUUGUAGGACUGCUGCUGCUGCUGACACUCUGCAUCACUGGACUCUGCAUCUGGAGAAGGAACCAUCAUGGAUUCAAACCUGCAAACACUUCAGACUCUUCAUUGUCGUCAGACAACACUUCAGCUUCUAAGUGAUCACAGAUAAGUCAGACUGCCAGGCAUGAACUGAUUUACACUGCAAACACGAUCAUUGAAGUGGCAGUCAGAGCUGACAGAAGCACACCUGUGGAGGAAAAUCCCAGCUAUAAACUCUUGUCUCUCCAUUGUGUUACAAAAUAAAAUACUUCUUCUUAGUGCUUGAGCAUAAAUCACAGAAACUAUAUUCUCUUUUUAGCUACUGUAGCAUUUUCUUCAUUGGUGUUGUUUUGUUGUUGCUGUUUUUAAUGUUUCCUGGUUUUAGAAUCUGUUAUUUUCUGAAGUACUGCACCUUAAAUUGCUUGUGUGCCUGUGUAGUUUAGCUUUUUUUGAAAUUUUAUUUUAUAUUUUAUUCAUUUUUGAGUUUGUGUUCAUUUUUAAUCUGUUAAUGAUGACGAUUGAUAAUGUUGUAAAUUGUAAUUAUUGUAAUUAUGUAAAACUUAAAACAAUAAUACAUCUUUCAAAAGAGAGCAAUCAGGACAUUACACAAUGUGGGAUACAGAGAACACACCAACACACUGUUUUUAAAGUCACAAGCAAUGAAAUUUUUCGAUCUGGUCAAAUUUGAAAUAAUGUUUUACAAAAACAACGUGUUUGUACAACUAAGAAGAGUCUGGGUAUAUCAUUCUAUGGGGUGGACUGGUGGAAUGGGCUGUGUGAUGAGUUGAAACAAAGCACAAAUAUAAAUACAUUUUAAGGACUAUACAAAAAAUAAAUAAAUAUAAAUAAAGUUUUACUUGUACCUACUCCUUUUCGGACACUGUUAUCUUUGUCUUGUUUGUUUUUUGGUUUGAAAUAAAGUCAUUCAU